UCAUCUUUGAGCUAAGCUUUCCAGCUCUGGUCUUGUCUUUAAUCAGCUCGGUGUGCAGCAUGAAGAUCUCCUGCUUUCUGCUGCUGGUCCUCUCUCUGUCCUGCUUCCAGAUCAACUCAGUGUCUGGUAUUGAUUCGGUAAAAUGUUUUCAAAAGAACAACACCUGUCACACCGUCCGAUGCCCAUAUUUCCAAGACGAAGUCAGCACGUGUUAUGACGGAAGAGGCAAAUGUUGCCAAAAACGCCUUUUGUCUAUCCGAGUUCCAAAGAAGAGGGUGUAA